CUCGUGCCAGGCCUGGAUGCGGGUAGGAUAUGGAAUGCUCAGGGGGUAAACCUUUACCACCCGACCAGAGUCCUUGCCUCCACCGGAUCCCCCUUUCGCAAUCUGGAGCUAUGGACCUGGUUACAGAUUGACUUCCUACAAUGUCUGAUGUGUGGAGUAAAGUCCUUCUUGGCCUUGCAUGAGUUCCCGGGGUCGGCAGGGACUCCCGCCAGGGACCAGCAGACACCCUUGCCCAUGGAGCCCAAGUUCGAAAUGUUGUACAAGAUUGAGGACGUGCCACCGUGGUACCUGUGCACCCUGCUGGGCUUCCAGCAUUACCUGACGUGCUUCAGCGGCACCAUUGCCGUGCCCUUCCUCCUGGCUGAGGCGCUGUGUGUGGGCCGCGACCAGCACAUGGUCAGUCAGCUCAUCGGCACCAUCUUCACCUGCGUGGGCAUCACCACUCUCAUCCAGACCACGGUGGGCAUCCGGCUGCCGCUGUUCCAGGCCAGUGCCUUUGCGUUCCUGGUCCCAGCCAAAGCUAUCCUGGCGCUGGAGAGGUGGAAAUGUCCCCCGGAAGAGGAGAUCUACGGUAACUGGACAAUGCCGUUGAACACCUCUCACAUCUGGCAUCCUCGCAUUCGGGAGGUCCAGGGUGCAAUCAUGGUGUCCAGCCUGGUAGAGGUGAUGAUUGGGCUGAUGGGGCUGCCUGGGGCCCUGCUCAGCUACAUUGGGCCUCUCACCGUCACCCCUACGGUCUCCCUCAUUGGUCUCUCUGUUUUCCAAGCUGCUGGUGACCGAGCUGGCUCCCAUUGGGGCAUUUCAGCUUGCUCCAUUCUACUGAUUGUCCUGUUCUCGCAGUACCUACGCAACCUCACCUUCCUGCUGCCUGUCUACCGAUGGGGCAAGGGCCUCACGCUCCUCCGCAUCCAGAUCUUUAAGAUGUUUCCGAUCGUGCUGGCCAUCAUGACGGUGUGGCUGCUCUGCUACGUGCUGACCCUGACGGACGUGCUGCCGGCGGAUCCUGCAGCCUAUGGCUUCCAGGCUCGAACGGAUGCCCGAGGGGACAUCAUGGCCAUCUCUCCCUGGAUCCGCAUCCCCUACCCGUGUCAGUGGGGCCUACCCACGGUGACUGUGGCUGCAGUUCUGGGCAUGUUCAGUGCCACGCUGGCGGGCAUCAUUGAGUCCAUCGGUGAUUACUAUGCCUGUGCCCGACUGGCCGGGGCACCGCCCCCUCCAGUACAUGCUAUCAACAGGGGCAUUUUCACCGAAGGCAUCUGCUGCAUUAUCGCUGGGCUACUGGGCACAGGCAACGGGUCCACCUCCUCCAGCCCCAACAUUGGGGUCCUAGGGAUUACCAAGGUGGGCAGCCGUCGAGUCGUGCAGUACGGUGCAGGGAUCAUGCUGAUCCUGGGUGCUAUUGGCAAGUUCACCGCCCUCUUCGCCUCGCUCCCAGACCCCAUCCUGGGAGGAAUGUUCUGCACCCUUUUUGGCAUGAUCACCGCUGUGGGACUGUCCAAUCUGCAGUUUGUGGACAUGAACUCCUCCCGCAACCUCUUUGUACUGGGAUUCUCCAUGUUCUUUGGCCUCACCCUGCCCAAUUACCUGGACUCCAACCCAGGCGCCAUCAACACAGGCAUUCCUGAAGUGGAUCAGAUCCUAACCGUACUGCUGACCACAGAGAUGUUCGUUGGUGGGUGCCUUGCUUUCAUCCUGGACAACACAGUGCCAGGGAGCCCAGAGGAAAGAGGCCUGAUACAGUGGAAAGCUGGGGCCAAUGCCAACAGUGAGACAUCAGCCAGCCUGAAGAGCUACGACUUCCCCUUUGGGAUGGGCAUGGUAAAAAGGACUGCCUUUUUCAGAUACGUCCCCAUCUGCCCAGUCUUCAGAGGAUUUUCUAAAAAGACAGAGAAUCAGCCUCCAGUUCUAGAGAACACUCCAGGCAACACAGAAACUGGGUCUGUGUGCACCAAGGUCUGAAACUACCUCUACAAAAGGAAGCACUGUAUGUAACAAGAAAAGAACACUACAGAGAAGACAGAAGACCCGAGUUGGAAAUCUGAGCUCUACCUAUUCCAAAUUCCUGUGUAAGCUUGGAUAGAUCACCCUCUGUGUGACUUAUUUUCACACCAGCUUAAAAACAAGUUGGAAGAAUGGGCCGAAGUCUCUAAGCAUUCUAGAGACUUGACUAGCAUUAUUUUGCUUCUUCAGUUUUACUCUCCUAAGCAUGCAUACAUGUCAAUAUAAAGGAAGAGCUGGAAAUCUCCACAUUGAACGUUGGGAGCUGAUAAAAAAAGAAACCAGGGAGAUUCCAGUGGUAAAUGUAGACACGCAGGUAGGCUUAACCAAACAAACAAAACAAAACACCCAUUACUGAAUUUAAUUCCAAUACCAUGUAUUUUAAGAGCAAUACUAACAUAUUAUAUUUAAAUAUUCUCCCUUCCCAUAGGGGAAAUAAAUUUAUACUUUAAGACUAGCCCAGUGAUAAAAAUGUCUAUUCAGAAUGUUCUAGGCCUGGGCUUGACCAUCAACAUUACAUACACACAAAUAAAAAUCUUUAAGUGGGGGCUGGAGAGAUGGCUCAGAAGGCUAAGAGCACUGGCUGCUCUUCCAGAGGUCCCGAGUUCAAUCCCUAGCAACCACACAGUGGCUCACAACCAUCAAUAAUGAGAUCUGGUGCCCUCUUCUGGUGUGCAGGUGUACACGCAGAUAGAACAAUGUAUCAUAAUAAAUAAAUCUUUAAAAAAAAAUCUUUAAGAGGUUUAAUUGUAAAAGAACAGAAUUCUUGAAUAUCUUUUGGCAGCUAGAGAAGUUUAAGAAUGAAUUAAAAUAAUCUCAAAUAGUCCAAGUCACACAAAUCAGUUUCUGCCUUAUGGAUUUAUGCAAAUCCAGGUUAUACAUUAAGCCCAGCAAAGGCCUUUGUUCACCAGAGCAUCGGCACUAUGUGACAAUGACUAAUGAAGAAGCCUUGAGCAAGUAUGUCCCAACAGCCUUUUUAGCGUACAGCUGUUCCGGUGGGUUACUGUAAUUUACUGCAAGAAAGGUUAAACCACAAUGUGAAUUUUGGUGUUUUCUAUAUUGUCCUUUAGCAGCAGAACGUUUUCCAAAAGCCUGGUGGAGAGAUGACUGUAAAAUGUCUCCGUUGGGAUACUUUUUAAACAAUCAUCAUGCUUAAAGCCCAAUUCUUCAGGUUUAGGUAACAUGAACAGCUUAGUAAACUAAUGCAGAAUAAAGUGAUAGCAAUGGACAAACUGCAGAGUCCACGAAUUCCAGAGAAUUCUUUUGGCUAGAAAGGUGAGCAUCCAAAACCAGGAAAAAAAGAAAAAAAUCCAAUUUCAAAAUCUUGUGAGCACAGUGGCUCAUGCUCGUAGGCAGGGGUGUGAGGAUUGCUCCAAGUUUGAGGCUAGUCAGGGCUAUGCACUGAGUUCCAGGUUGGACUGUUAGAGUGAAAUCCUGUUUCAACCACUGCAGGAAAAAAAAAAAUCUUUUAUCUUAAUUGUAGUAAGAGACUCAUUAGGUUCUACUUCAGUGACGGAAACUUUAUUGCCAGCACAUUACCAACGACAAGACUGAGAGUAAGUAAGAACAUGAAUCUAAGUUUGCACUCUUUUCCUGCCAAGAGCUUGUAAAAGUAUCUCAAAGAAAGUCAGGAGAUCUCAGAAAACUUAUCAGAUAACAAUUUCUAAAUUUCACCAAAUUUUCAGGCCAAAAUUAAAGAGCAAACCUUAUCAAGAUACUUUUAUAUAUAAUCAAGUCAUAUGAUACUACUGUAAGUUUUUGAACCACCAAAGACAUUUAAAUAUUCUAAGAGCAACAUUUAAGUUUAAUGCAGCAUCAAGGUUGAAAUCAGCAACAAGGAGGCACCGUAUCAUCAAGACAGGGACCUCUGCUUCUACUCCUAAAAAGUAGAAAAAAUUUCAAAGGAGAGAUGUGGAACUCUUCUUAAAUAGAAUAGCUGGACUUUCCACUUAUAGGAGAUGAGGUGGGGUCUAAAAAGAGAAAUGACUUUUUACCACAAGAUCUUCCAGAGAAGAGCCAUCACUGAUAACAAGGUCAUUAAACUGGUCUUGGAUUUGGUCCAUAGUUUGUGGGAGAUCUCGAGCUGGAAUAAACCAUUCAUGUUCUUCUUCCUCUUCCAGCAUUUCUUGGAAACAGCGUUCAAUAAACUCUUCUUCCCACAACUCCUCUUCUAUCUAAAUUUACAACAAACAGGUGGUAAUCAUAGCAUAUCUGCUUAAGACAUCAGUAAAUAGCUUACUUAAUUUUUUUUUUUUUUUUUGAGGCAGAGCUUCUCUGUGUAGCCUUGGUUGUCCUGGACCUGCUUUGUAGACCAGGCUGGCCUUGAACUCACAGAAAUCUGCUUGCCUCUGCUUCCACGAGUGGCCUUAAAAUAUUUGAAAUCUCAAUGUAAGGAUCGGGUGUGCCCUAUAAUGCAUGCCUUUAAUCCCAGCACUCAGGAGGCAGGCAAGGUUAUACAGAGACCUUGUCUCAAAAGAACAGAACUAAAUGAAACCAUAAUGUGGCUAGUCCUGUGGGUUUUAACUUAUCUCAGCACUUGAAGAAAAAGGUAAAAUGACUACCAUGAGUUCCAGACCAGCCUGUAAUACAGAAUGAGCCUAUCUCUCAAAUGCUUCCUAACAGUUAGUCAGGCAUAGUAGUGCACACCUGUAAUCUCAGGAGGCUGAGAUAUGAGAAUGGUUGAGUUUCCAUACACAUAAAACCCCACAAUGUCAGAGCUGGAAGUGUAACUCCUUGGCAGAGCACAUUACUAUGAAUGAGGCCUUGGGUCUGAUCUCCCAACAUCAAAAUUCGUAAGUUAGGCUGAGUGCAGUGGCACAGGUUUUUAAUUCUAGCACUCAGUGAGGCAGAGGCAGGCCAGCCUGGUCUACACAGUGAGUCUAGGACAGCUAGGGCUACACAGAAACCCUAUCUUGAAAAUCCAAAAGAAAAAAAAAAAAAAAAAACAACAACAUCAAAAGUUAGAAACUUUCUUCCCUGCUUCUGUACUACCAAAAAAAAAAAAAAAACAAACAAACAAACAAACAAACAAACCAAAAACCAAAAACUACACCAAAGACCUAGGAAGCUCUGUUUAGGGUUAUUUUAGGUCUUUCCUUGUCUCUACAGAAGGUUUUUUUUUUCUUCUUCUUCUUCUUCUUUUCCAUUGAGACUAGCAAGGAGAAAGUAAUGGAGUGAUCUCUUCAAGAAAUAUUUUUCAGAAUUAUUUAAGAAGCCCUAAUCCAACCCCAUAAAGACGAAAAUCUCUAAAAGGUAGAGAUUAAGGGCUGGAGAGAUGGCUCAUGGUUUAAGAGCACUGACUGCUUUUCCAGAGGGCCCAAGGUCCCAGCAUCCACAUGACAGUUCCCAACUGUCUGUAAUUCCAGUUCCAGGGGAUCUGACUCCCUCACAUAGACAUACAUGUAGGCAAAACACCAAUGCGCAUAAAAUAAAUAAAUCGUUAAAAAAAAAAAAAGGCAGAGAUUAAAACAGCAGCAAAAUCUCCCAACCGAUCUCGGUGUGAGGGGGUAGACAAGGUGAGCCCUCAGCCCUACAAAACAAACACAAAACCUAAGGACUGAGGAAAGGACUUGCUGGGAAAGAGUGCUUGCUCUUCACGCUCAAGACCCAAGUCUGGUUCCCAGCACCCAUGGUAGGCAGUUCACAAUUGCCUGUGACUCCAACUCUAUGGGAGCCAAUGCCCUCUUUUGGCCUCUGCAGGAACUUGUACACACACAAAGAGUAAAAGCAGAUUUUAAACUCAGGCUUGAUGGCUCUAAUUCUAAGCCUUUAAUUCUAGCCAGCACUAAGAAGGUGGAGGCAGACCAGACAGGUAGAUCUGAGUUCCAGGCCAGCCUGGUCCACAAAUUCUAGCCGACCAGGACUACAGGGUAAAACCCCCCCACCAAAAAAAAAAAUAAAACAACAACAACAACAAAAAAGCAAACCCAAACCAAACCAAAAAACCCACCUCAAUUGACUCAAGCCUGAACUAUUUCACUCUGGAAUGUUCAUCAUAGGCUUUAGAGAAGUUGGGCUACUAAUGAUUUCUGAAACUGUGAUUAGGACUGGAAGUGAGAGAAUGAGAAUAGAUAGUAGAAACAUAGGAUUCAAAGAUGACAUCUUUCAAUAUAUCAGAAGUAGCAGCAGAUUCUUACAGACUAAGACUGAGGCUCUUCACUGAAAACCAGACCAAUUUUGAACCAGGACGUCUGCGGUCGGUUUGUUCCAGUUUUCUAAAUUUUCUUGGAUUUGCAGUGUAAUACAGAGAUAUGAUUGGUUUAAGGCAGUGCUUUCCAAAAUAAACUAUCUGGGAGCUUUUUUCAGUUUCCCAGGCUCCACCCUAUUCUUCUGACUCAAUGUUUAGGGUGGGACCCUGAAACAAGCUACCCAAGUAAUUUCAAUGAGCUCUUUAGCCUGGCAGUAAUGAGCAGUCAAAUGAAACAGGAGUGGUAGCACAUAAAUCCUUACAGUGCAUAUAAAGACCUAGACACACACAGUUCAGGGCCAAGUGCAUAUUUGAGAAAUAUGAAGCUAUGGAAAAAAACAAAACAAAAACACGUUUGUAUACAAAACUAACUUGUCUGUUGAAUUCCUCUUCAUUUUCCAUCCACAUGUACUCUGCAAAUGGAUUAUCAUCUUCAUGAGAAUGACCAUUAAUAAUCACAUCUUCAUUGAUGAUGCUUGGGCUAGUACUGCUGCGACUUGGAUCUUUCAUGGUUGGUGUUCGUUGUCGUUUUUAACCUUUAAAGUAAAAUAUAAUCAUUUUUUAGUUCUUAAUGAGCACACCUCAUUAAGGUAUUAGAGGCACAUGCUACAUUCUUUUCCAAUGAAACCGCUGAGGGCAAGUCUCGACAGACAUAAGUAGGAAACUCUUCAGUGUGUGUGUGAAGAGCCACAGGUCUGGUGCCAGCUACUUUUUAAAUUUUUUAUUUUUUUGUGUCAAUAGUCAGAGGCAGGUGGAUAUCUGAAGUUCCAGGCCAGCCUGGCUGACAUAUCAAGGCCCAGCAUAGUUAGUGUUACAUAGGAAGACUGUCUCAAAACUAUGAGCAGGGGUUAUGCACAGGUCAUGGAAUAUGUGUGAAAACCAGUAGACAGCUUAUAUAAACUGGUGUUGUUCUACCACGUGGGCCGUGGCUUACAGGCAAUAAGCCUUUAUCCACUGAGUUAUCUUGUUGGCUCCCAUAUCUUAAAAAUAGUAAUAAUUUGUUUUGUUUUUUUGAGACAGGGUCUCACUAUGUAGUUCUGGCUGUCCUUGAAUUCACAGAGAUCUACCUGUUUCUGUCUCCCAAGUGCUGGGAUUAAAAAACACAUCUCUGUGCCCAGCCAGAAAAUUCUUUAAAACUUGAUUUCAGUUAAGUCCCAGAACUAAAACUGAAAAAUAACUCUUGAAAUAUUUAUGUUUCCCAGGUGGUGAUGGUGCAAUGCCUUUAAUCCUAGCACUUGGGAGGCAGAGGCAAAAGGAUCUCUUCGAGGCCAGCCUGGUUUACAGCGUGAGGAUUAUACAGAGAAACCCUGUCUGGCAAGUUUGUGUGCAGCCAUGUGUAUGUGGAGAUCAGAGGACAAUUUUUUUUUCUUUCUUUUUAAAAAGAUUUUUUAUACAGGUUUCUGCCUGCAUGCCAGAAGAGGGCAUCAGAUUUCAUUAUACAUGGCUGUGAGCCACCAUGUGGUUGAACUCAGGACCUUUGGAAGAGCAGCCAGUGCUCUUAACCUCUGAGUCAUCUUUCCAUCCCAACAGUGGGCAGUUUUCUAGAGUAGGUUGUCUUCCAUCUUGUCGAGGCAGCACUACUGUGGUAGAUACUCCAAGCUAUAGAGUUUAUGGAAUCUCAGAGGAUUCUUAUGUCUUUCUGCCACUGUUGUUCUCUGACCUCCACACGCACCGUGAUGCAUGCUGUGAUAUACCCUAGUGUGUAAUAAAUAAAAAUAAUCAAGGUUACUGUCAGCA